GUCCUGCAGGAAACAUUUUGCAGGGCUUGAGGAUCUCAGCUCCCUUAAUAUCCCACAGAAUCCACACUACUGUUCUCAUGGUGCCCCAGCGCCAUAAGCAACAGUUCCCAGUAAGUCCCAGAGCCUGAUAGUGCCACACACCAGAGCUGCCAAUACGUCCUACCUUCCUUUGGACCACAAUGCUCAAUCUACCCCACUGAACUGAAUCACAGCUAUUAUUAGUAACCGUUAUGAGCUCCAGACUACAUCUCCCGCCAUGCCUCCAUCAGCCCCAUGCUCCCAACGCUCCAGGCUUUUGCAGCCCGAGCCGCGGUGUACAAUGGGACUUGUAGUCUCCUCGUGGCUAGUUCAAGCGGAAGGAGCAGUCCUCUGAAGCUUGAGGAGUCUCUAGAACUAUGAGCCCGAGGCCUUGCCCUCUCCCAGAGCGCAGAGGCUUUGAAGGCUACCCCUGGAAAGCCGCUCACCGUCGGAAGCUGCGGGAGCUGAAGCUGCGCCAUCGUCACUGUAGGCGGCCAUGACACCGCUCGUCUCCCGCCUGAGUCGUCUGUGGGCCAUCAUGAGGAAGCCACGAGCAGCCGUGGGAAGUGGUCACAGGAGGCAGGCAGCCAGCCAGGAAGGGAGGCAGAAGCAUGCUAAGAGCAACAGUCAGGCCAAGCCUUCUGCUUGUGAUGCCUAUGCAGGGAUGAUUCCUAAGUGUCCUGGGGCCCCAGCAGGCCUGGCCAGGCAGCCGGAAGAGGUGGUAUUGCAGGCCUCUGUCUCCCCAUACCAUCUAUUCAGAGACGUAGCUGAAGUCACAGCCUUCCGAAGGAGCCUGCUAAGCUGGUACGACCAAGAGAAGCGGGACUUACCAUGGAGAAGACGGGCAGAAGAUGAGGUGGACCCGGACAGGCGGGCAUAUGCUGUGUGGGUCUCAGAGGUCAUGCUGCAGCAGACCCAGGUUGCCACUGUGAUCAACUACUAUACUGGAUGGAUGCAGAAGUGGCCUACACUGCAGGACCUGGCCAGUGCUUCCCUGGAGGAGGUGAAUCAGCUCUGGGCUGGCCUGGGGUACUAUUCUCGUGGCCGGCGGCUGCAGGAGGGAGCUCGGAAGGUGGUAGAGGAGCUAGGGGGCCACAUGCCACGUACAGCAGAGACCCUGCAGCAGCUCCUGCCCGGCGUGGGGCGCUACACAGCUGGGGCCAUUGCCUCUAUCGCCUUUGGCCAGGCAACCGGUGUGGUGGAUGGCAACGUAGCACGGGUGCUGUGCCGUGUCCGAGCCAUUGGUGCUGAUCCCAGCAGCACCCUUGUUUCCCAGCGGCUCUGGGGUCUAGCCCAGCAACUGGUGGACCCAGCCCGGCCAGGAGAUUUCAACCAAGCAGCCAUGGAGCUAGGGGCCACAGUGUGUACCCCACAGCGCCCACUGUGCAGCCAGUGCCCUGUGCAGAGCCUGUGCCGGGCACGCCAGAGAGUGGAGCGGGAACAGCUCUUAGCCUCACGGAGCCUGUCGGGCAAUCCUGAUGUGGAGGAGUGUGCUCUCAACACUGGACAGUGCCAGUUGUGCCUGCCUGCUUCAGAGCCCUGGGACCAGACCCUGGGAGUGGUCAACUUCCCCAGAAAGGCCAGCCGCAAGCCUCCCAGGGAGGAGAGCUCUGCUACCUGUGUUGUGGAACAGCCUGGGGCCCUUGGGGGUGCCCAAAUUCUGCUGGUGCAGAGGCCCAACUCAGGUCUGCUAGCAGGACUGUGGGAGUUCCCGUCCGUUACCUGGGAGCCCUCAGAGCAGCUUCAGCGCAAGGCCCUGCUGCAGGAACUACAGCGUUGGGCUGGGCCCCUCCCAGCCACGCGCCUCCGGCACCUUGGGGAGGUUGUCCACACCUUCUCUCACAUCAAGCUGACAUAUCAAGUAUAUGGUCUGGCCUUGGAAGGGCAGACCCCAGUGACCACCGUACCAGCAGGCGCUCGCUGGCUGACCCAGGAGGAAUUUCACACCGCAGCUGUUUCCACCGCCAUGAAAAAGGUUUUCCGUGUGUAUCAGGGCCAACAGCCAGGGACCUGCAAGGGUUCCAAAAGGUCCCAGGUGUCCUCUCCGUGCAGUCGGAAAAAGCCCUGCAUGGGCCAGCAAGUCCUGGAUAAUUUCUUUCGGCCUCACAUCUCCACUGAUGCAUCCAACCUCAACAGUGCAGCCCAGUGACACUUCUGAAAGCCCCCAUUCCCUGAGAAUCCUGUUGUUAAUAAAGUGCUUAUUUUUGUAGUUA